AACAUCAAUAUAAAAAAUUGGAGUAUUAUAGAUUUGAAAAACAGUUACAGUUCAAAGAAGCAUUUAUUAUUAGUGGAAUUGGAUAGAUGAGAAAUUAAUAAUGGCAAACCCUAACAGAGAUCGUGAACUUCUAAUUCCGGUAGCUAACUCCGGUGCCGGCGAUGAUGUCUCCGGCGACAAACCUUCUUCUUCUUCUUCCUCUUCAAGCCAUCAUCACUCUGGUCGCGAGACUUUCUCUAAAGUUGUUAGGAGCUGGGCUUCUAAGAAAUUCAUGACCGGAUGUGUCAUCCUAUUUCCUAUAGCAGUCACCUUCUAUAUAACAUGGUGGUUUAUUCAUUUCGUGGAUGGCUUUUUCUCUCCAAUCUAUGCUCAACUUGGAAUUGAUGUUUUUGGUCUUGGAUUUAUGACUUCAAUCACUUUCAUUUUUUUGGUGGGGGUGUUCAUGUCAUCAUGGUUGGGAGCUUCAGUUUUGGGUCUUGGGGAGUGGUUCAUCAAAAGAAUGCCAUUUGUUCGGCAUAUCUAUAAUGCUUCGAAACAAAUUAGUUCUGCCAUAUCUCCAGAUCAGAACACACAAGCUUUCAAGGAGGUCGCCAUAAUAAGGCAUCCACGCAUUGGCGAAUAUGCCUUUGGGUUUAUUACUUCAUCUGUCGUCCUCCAGAACUAUUCAGGAGACGAAGAGCUAUGCUGUGUGUAUGUUCCUACAAAUCAUCUUUACAUUGGUGAUAUAUUCCUUGUUAGUGCAAAAGAUGUUAUUAGACCAAACUUGUCUGUCCGUGAAGGAAUAGAGAUUGUUGUAUCGGGUGGCAUGUCAAUGCCUCAGAUACUGUCAACCCUGGAUCCAGGAAGUAUUCAAGUCGAUAGAAGUUGACCUUACAGAAACCGAGGGUAAAGAUAAUAGUCAUCUGAGAAGCGCUCAUCAGUCAUCAAUUUUUUCCCCUUUUUGUUCCAGAAAGAUCUGUUUUUAUAUUUUCUUUUCUCAUUUACUUUGAUAUUUGAGGUGUUAGAUUCAGUUCGCGUAUGUGACAAUUGCUGCAGUGUACAAUGUAGGGAAGUAGUAAUGGUUUGAAAAUGUAGUUGGUUGAUAAUUUUAAGUUAAUAGGUUUCUCGCCUUUUGCU